ACGGUCCACUAUUCCGUGCCGGGAACUGAACGCGUUUCCGUUGGAUCGGUGGAUGCCUCACGAUCUGUGACGGCUAAUCUAACUCCCACCACUACUUCUUCGAAUCCUGCCACUUCUAAUCGAUCCGGAAUGCGGGUAAUGGUACAAUCCAGCUCACUUCAUGCGACCAAACGUAAUCCGCCACCUCCUCCACCACCGCGAAGCGGCAGUUGGCUUGCGGGUAACACGUCCACCAUAGAAAUGUCUGCUUGUGAUCCAUCAACCGUGAUUCAUUCUGUCACACCUUUCGAACUGCAACAGCACAGCAACAAUAACAUCAACAACCAAGUCACCACGACCGUCUAUCAGCGGAACGCGUCCACUCCGUUUGUGCGGCAGCCGAUACAAUCCUAUCAGCCCCAAUCCGCAUCCGUCACCGGAGUUCACGGCAAUGUGGUAAACGUGAACGCGCAUCCGGAUGCUUCACGGGUUAGUGAGACCCAGUGGAGUUCGAUGACCUAUCCGAUCUAUGCAAACGGACAUCGAGGGGUUCCGGGGUCGGAGAAUGUCCCUGUUGGUGGCACUACUGUACAACAUAGUUUGGGCAUAUUGAACGACAAUUCCGAUACCGAGAUUAUCGAAUCGUGGUGUAACCGGGCACAACUGUACUUGCAUGCCUAUAUAUAG